AAAGGCUCCGAUAUAAUGUCAUUUAUUAAAACAUUUCAGGUGCUGCUUGUAGAUCAGUCUGAUCGAUUUGUUUUUAAGCCAUUGCUGUAUGAACUACUAUCUGGAGAAGUAGAUGACUGGGAAAUAGCACCGUCCUUUACAGACUUACUGAGGAACACCAGUGUGCAAUUUGUCAAGGACAGGGUCAAGCUUUUACGCCCUUUGGACCACUUAAAUCGUAUAGAAAUGAGGGAGCCUGGAAGGUCACGCUCUGGAGGAUUGGUUCAACUUGAGAGUGGGAUAAUCAUUGAAUAUGACUGGCUGGUUCUAGCUUUAGGAGCUGAAGCAAAACUUGAUGUUGUCCCAGGAUCUGCUGAAUAUGCCUUUCCUUUCUCGACCUUGGAGGAUGCUCGUAAAGUCAACAGCAAGUUAAGAAUGUUGGAACGAGAGAGGUUUGGUAAGGAUUCCCCUCCCAUACGUGUGGCUAUUGUCGGUUGUGGCUACUCUGGUGUUGAGUUAGCUGCUACCAUUUCUGAAAGACUCGAACAUAGAGGGAUAAUUCAAGCAAUCAGUGUUGAAACUGCUAUUUGUCCGAAUGCUCCACCUGGAAAUAGAGAAGCUGCAUUCAGAGUAAGAAUUCAUAUUGAGCAUAUUUUGAUAGAAUACAAAAUUUAUGGCUCUCUGUGUUUGUCCAAAUUGUGCAUUCACAUUAGUCUUUUGAUUCAGGUUUUUAUGGUGUCUGCCAUCUCAUUUGUAUGUUGAAUUUAAGAUCCAUAA